AUCCUUUAUGAACACAGUCCCGAGAUGAAACCUGGACUCUCCUCCUGCUCAGCAUCCUCACGGCGGUCUGGAGCUGCAGCAGGAUCCCUGUCCAGGACAGCCGUGGAUGUGGUGGGAGGGGCGGACAGAGCAGCAGUCUGGGGUCCACCCCCCCCAACUCCAAACAACCUCCAGACCCCAAAUCCCCUCCAUGUGCUCUUCUCUCACGCCCCGUCCACAGCACAGGAAGCGGCGAGGCGCAGUGGAACCAACGUGCACGUCGGAUCAUCCGCGCGGAGGCUGCUCGAGAGAAGUUGCUCCUCACUCGGCCCCCGGAGUCCCAGAGAAGCGGGACCAUUGCCUGGUGCAGCUGUAUCGGGGAGAAGGCUCGGGAGGAGAUGACCGAGAAGGACACGGCCGCGGACAACAUCCGAACAGACGCGAUGGCUAAUCCCUCCCCAGCCAAGAGCACGGGGGACCCUGGGAUCACCCCCCUGUCUCCUUCACACACUCAGCAGAGCGACACAGACCAGGUGCCGUCGGGCCCGACCUUCGUGGUGGUGGUUGCCAUUGAUUUUGGCACCACGUCCAGCGGUUACGCGUACGCCUUCACGAAGGAGCCCGAGUGCAUUCACACCAUGAGGCGUUGGGAAGGCGGGGACCCGGGGGUGUCCAAUCAGAAGACUCCAACCACCAUCCUGCUGACUCCAGACAGGAAGUUCCACAGCUUUGGCUACGCGGCACGCGACUUCUACCACGACCUGGACCCCAGCGAGUCCAAACAAUGGCUCUAUCUGGAGAAAUUCAAAAUGAAGCUCCACACUACUGCAAAUCUGUCCAUCGACACGGACCUGCACGCAGCCAAUGGGAGGCGAGUAAAAGCUCUGGAUAUCUUUGCUUAUGCAUUGGCCUUCUUCAAGGAGCAGGCACUAAAGGAGCUGAGCGAUCAGACGGGCAGCGAGUUUGACAACAAUGAUGUGAGAUGGGUGAUCACUGUUCCUGCCAUCUGGAAGAUGCCCGCCAAGCAGUUCAUGAGGGAAGCUGCGUAUAAGUCUGGCCUGGUGUGCCGUGAAACCCCGGAGCAGCUGAUCAUCGCCUUGGAACCAGAGGCGGCGUCGAUCUACUGCCGCAAGCUCCGCCUCCACCAGAUGGUGGACCUGGCCUCCCACAGCACCCAGAACGGCUGCAGCCCCACCGACAACGUGGGCAGUGGGAUGACCCAAGCAAAGGAGAAUGUCCGGCGCAACCGGCAGAGCCGCACCUUUUUGGUGGAAAAUGUCAUAGGGGAGCUUUGGUCGGAGCUGGAAGAAGGUGACCGCUAUGUGGUGGUGGAUUGUGGCGGAGGAACAGUGGACCUGACGGUUCAUCAGAUCCGUCUUCCAGAGGGACAUCUUAAAGAGCUCUACAAGGCCUCAGGUGGACCCUAUGGCUCCCUCGGCAUCGACUAUGAAUUUGAGAAGCUACUGUGUAAGAUCUUUGGCCAGGAUUUCAUUGACCAAUUUAAGAUCAAGAGGCCGGCGGCCUGGGUGGACCUGAUGAUUGCGUUUGAGUCUCGGAAGAGGGCAGCAGCCCCUGAUAGAACCAACCCCCUCAAUAUUAACCUGCCCUUCUCCUUUAUUGACUACUACAAGAAGUUCAGGGGCCACAGCGUGGAACACGCCCUGCGCAAAAGCAAUGUGGAUUUCGUGAAAUGGUCGUCGCAGGGGAUGCUGAGGAUGAGUCCGGAAGCUAUGAAUUCCCUCUUCAAGCCCACCAUAGACCACAUCAUCCAGCAUCUGACUGAGCUGUUUGAGAAGCCGGAGGUGAGCGACAUUAAGUUCCUGUUCCUCGUGGGCGGUUUUGCCGAGUCCUCCCUGCUGCAGCUGGCCGUCCAGGACAUGCUCCAGGGCCGCAGCCGCAUCAUCAUCCCGCACGACGUCGGCCUCACCAUUCUGAAAGGUGCCGUGCUGUUCGGCCUGGACCCCAGCAUCAUUAAAGUGCGCCGCUCGCCUCUCACGUACGGCGUGGGCGUCCUCAACCGCUUCGUGGAGGGCAAGCACCCGGUGGAGAAGCUGCUGGUGAAGGACGGCACGCGCUGGUGCACCGACGUCUUCGACACCUUCAUCGCCGCCGACCAGUCCGUGGCCCUGGGCGAGCUGGUGAAGCGCAGCUACACCCCGGCCAAGCCCUCUCAGCAGGUCAUCGUCAUCCACGUCUACUGCUCCGAGAAGGAGAGGGCGGCGUUCAUCAGCGAGCCCGGCGUCAGGAAGUGCGGGACGCUCCGCCUGGACGUGAGCGGGACGGAAAGCACGGCGCCGCGCCGCGAGAUCCAGACGCUCAUGCAGUUCGGCGACACGGAGAUCCGGGCCAUGGCGGUGGACGUGUCCACCGGACGCACCGUUAAGGCGAGCAUUGACUUCCUGAGCCAGUAAGAAGGGAACGAGAGAGCCCAUGUUGUCGGAACCAACGGAAAUGAAACAUAAGGCUUGCAACACACACACACACACACACACACACACACACACGGUGGGGAUAUUUACUAUAAAGUGGUUAAUGAUGAUGAAUCUCAAGGCUCAGGCCCUCUCAGUUUAAAGUGUGUUGAAUGUAGAAUCCAUGUUAGGAUGAGGGAGAGAAUCAGAGUCUGGAUGAGUUCUGGUCCCACUCCACAGUGCUCAUACCAGACCCAUAGACCCCCUGCCGAGGCUACAGCCCCAGGUUGAAGAGCUCCUGACAGGAAACCAUAAAGGCCAUAAUGUAUGACGGGACAGCCGUUCAGAUCUUCUCUCCGAGCAUUCUCAAAGCCAGGAAAAGACAUAAAGUACCAUCCACAUUCAGAGUGUGUCUUUGCACGCCUCACUUUCCAGAUUCAGAUGCAUAUCCGUGCACGACCGCGUACAAAGAGGCCGUACGCCGUGCCGUCAGGUUGGUCUUCACACUCUUCAUGCUCCCCCCUCACGACAGUGCUGAAGGCCACAUUCUGGCUGUGCAUGAGCCGACCCUUUUUAAACCGAGUGUAAAGCGUUAAUGCGUCACCCUGAUGCCUCAUUGCAGAGCGCCGUUAGUAACCGUGGUCAGCUUCAUUAUUGGUUGUGUUUGCAUUGCAUGGCGGUGCAUGAUGUCACCUGGACAUGGACCAGUUAGGCUAAACACGUAGUCUCCACCUCGUUAAGUGACAGUCCAUAUUUAUGAAGUCAGAGACAGUCUGAUGAAUAAUGUACCUGUGAUGUUUAAUAAAUAGGCCACAUCAUGCAAAACCACCAGAAUGUUCCUUCGAGGUUAUCCAGUCAGAGCUGAAUCCAGGAAUGUGAAACUAGAAAUGCGCUUAUUGUUGCCUUUAUUUGUUGAUGCUUCUGACUAUCAGAUGUGGGACAAAAGCCGCGGGCCACAGUUUGAGAGACAAACAAUGAAGUAUGUUUAUUUCUGUAAAUACAGUAUUUAAAUAUUGUACAGAUUUUUUUUUAGCAUUGUUUCUGCAGCUUUAGAACCAAUGGAGAUUGUGUGUGUGUGUGUCUGUGUGCGUGUGUGUUUGUGCGUGCGUGCGUGCAUUUGUGAGUGCGUGCGUGUGUGCAUGCGUGCGUGUGUGUGUGUGUGUGUUUGUGCAUGCGUGCGUGCGUGCAUUUGUGUGUGUGUGUGUGUGCGUGCGUGCGUGUGUGCAUGCGUGCGUGUGUUUGUGCAUGUGUGUGUGUGUGCGUGCGUGUGUGCGUGUGCGUGCAUGUGUGCCUGCAUGUGUGUGUGUGUGCGUGUGUGUGUGUGUGCGUGCGUGUGUGUGUGUGUGUGUGUGCCUGUGUGUGUGUGUGUGUGUGCGUGCGUGUGUGUGUGUGUGUGUGCCUGUGUGUGUGUGUGCGUGCGUGCGUGUGUUGUUUUCUCACCAGCCAUAGCAGAGAGGUCGAGGUCGGCUUCAUCUUUUUUUUCGCAGUCACAAAAGAAACUUGAAUACCUCCGUCCUUAAAAAGUAAUUUAGAUUUUGAAAUGAUGUAAAUGUGUCCAGUUCCAUUUUCCAUCGCUGGAGGAGAGUGAUAUUCAUAAUGGUUUAUGACAUUCAGCCAGUGGAUAAAUAUUAAGACCAGAGGCAUUUUAUUAUGAAAUUGUUGUUGCUUUUGUCAUAGUCAGCAAUAAUCAUACUACGUGAAAGCCACAUAACCAUUGAUUGUGUUUCUGAGGUUUUAAAGUCUGAAGUAAAGAGUGCCUAGUCUGAAUAACAUGUGACCCUAUCACAGCUUCAUAAUGGAGGUACCGAUGCCCGCAGCAGAACCAGUACCCUCAACAGACCCCCUUUUCUAGAUCUGAAUGCUGCUAUCGUUUAGAGAAGUUCUGAUACCACUCGGUACUGGGUCAUGUCGGUCAAUACCUUCAAGGAACCCAGUACCGAUACCCGGCCUUGGUGCUGGGUUGUCUCCAGUGGGAAGCUAAGCUAACACGAUAGCUUCCUCCGGUUUAAUCAACACGGUCCAAACAGUCUGAAUUCAUGUGUGAGGGUCCAGAACGUGGUCCUGGAACCGGCCUUCGGAGUCUCAAUGCAGGAGCCAGCCUUGGCUGACUCUCUCCCUCAAGUCCUUCGUGAAGUAGUAGCAACGCAACUAAUUGCUGCAUUAAGGUGGCGUUAGGAAUUGUCUGUUUAAGAAAGUUAAAAACUAAGACAAGUGCUUCGUUUGAAGCCGACUCGGACAUCAGAGUUCAGGGUGAACUCGAGUGAACCCCCUGACUGCACUGUAGACGUCUCACUCCUCUCCUGCUGGGGGCCCAGUUGAGGGCCUCCAGUCCUGUGAUGAGUCCUGGGGCGGACCGGUCCGAGCGAGUCUCCAGCACGGUGAUGUCGUAACGACGCCGUCCCAGCAGCCGCCGUUCAACACACUUUCUUGGAUUCUUUAUUUGAACUGUAGUUUUAAGGCUCGGCGUACAACGUCACACACCAUGCUGUAAAGAUGCAUGCUUUGCAUGCGUCACAUAGGAAUGACUACACAACAGACAAUUAGUGGAUUGCUAUUACUAAUGCACAACAUGGAGGUUUACCACUGGUGGUGGUGCUUUCUGCCUGUGUGCUCAGCCUCAUCACCCUGGGCUGUAUACCUCCCUGCUGCUUGCUGAGCUGAUGUUGAUGUUAAUGCUCAUAACUUCCAUCGCAGAGCAGCACUUCACACACUUUACUGAUAACUAACCCAACUCGCUCGUGUUCCUCCCACACAUCUCUGCACUCACAGGAUGAUACCAAGUGGAAGGGUUUAUUAACUCCACGUUUCUAGUGUUUCUUUGGCCAGGCGAUGCCAGGACACUGUUAUGUAGCAGCUUCAUGCGUAUGGAGGCUUGUUGAGCCCCCUUGAGGUCGCAGUGUAGCAGCUUGCAUCAUUUACACGUUAUCUGCUUAACAAUAUCUAAAAUAUACAAUCGUUCAGAAUAUGUUACUAGAAUGAUUGAGCUUAUAGUUAGGAUCAUCUCAGCCACAACGCAACACAAUGUACACGUGGUUCUUUUACUCCUUUAUUGAUGAUGCAAAGGAUUUUGUUUUUUUAAAAUCUUGAGUUCCUUAAAUGUCUUUUGUUUUAUGGGUGUAUUUCAAUCAAUGCCAGGUAUUCACUGUCAAGACCAAUAAAAUCUUACGUGUAUUUCAAAGAACGUU